CCCGCCCUGCCCGGGGGCAGAGUCUGACUGCAGCUCCCCCCGCCGGGGCUGGCUUCCCACGCAGGACUGGGGGUUGGUAAGCGGGCCCCUUGCCGGCUCUCUCACAAGUCUCCAGCAGAGCGGCGCGGGAGCUGGGCGGGCGCAGGGGCAGGAGCGAGCCGCAGCCCCUCCAGGGGAGGAAAUGAAGGCGAGGGCAGGGAACCCAGCCCGGCCCCGCUCUCAAGGUUUCCUCAGUGUGUCACCCGCGGCGGGCGGGCGCGGCAGCCGGGCGCCCGGGGAGCCCCGCGCGGAGCCGUAGCCAGCCUCGGGCUCCGGGCGGCUUCGCAGGGCACUUCGCAGUCCGGGGCCAGCCGCGGCGCGGGGACCAUGAGCGGCCUCGCCUUGCUCUGCGGCUUGCCCUGGCUCCUGGGGGUGCUGCCGCAAGCGCUGCAGGCCGGGGCUGGUGGAAGGAGCGGCCGACCCCCCCCCACCAAAGCGGCGGAUUUCGACCGGGUCUACGCAGGGACGGUGACCGUCAACCGCGAGGAGAUCUACGCCUUCAAUUACACCAGCAAGCCGGGCCAGGUGGAUGCAGUGCGGGUGUAUGUGAAGAGUGACUCUGAGGACCUGCAGUAUCCCAUCCUGUUUGUAGUUCGCCAGCAGAAGGGGGUCCUGUCAUGGCAAGUCCCUCUGAUUUUUCGAGGCCUUUACCAGAGGACCUACAACUACCAGGAAGUGAGCCGUACACUCUGCCCUUCUGAACCCACGCCUGAGAUGGGACCCUCUGAGCAGAUCAUAUUUGUAGACGUGGCUUCCAUGGCGCUGUUUGAUAUUGAGUAUGAGCUGCUGGUCACGAGGCUCAAGAGCUUCCAACUCAUGACAGAUAAAGCCUUUAACUUCACUGCCAGCCCUUCUCAGCCUCAGUAUUUUCUGUACAAGUUCCCUCCAGAUGUGGAUUCCAUCAUCAUCAAGGUGGUAUCUGAAACAGUCUAUCCCUGUUCUGUUGUCUCCGUCCAGGAUAUUGUGUGUCCUGUGUAUGAUCUGGACCACAAUGUGGAGUUUAAUGGUGUUUACCAGUCCAUGACAAAGCAAGCUGCCAUCACUGUACAGAAGAAGGACUUCCCAGGCGAGCAGUUCUUUGUUGUGUUUGUCAUAAAGCCAGAGGACUAUGCCUGCGGGGGCUCUGUGCCUUCCUCUAUCAAGGGAAAGGGCAACCACACCUGGAACCUACAACGAACAAAGAGCCUUCAAGUGACCAUUGUACCUUCUAUUAAAGAGUCUGACUACGUGCAAGCCAUGCUCUUCAGCUUCCUGAGCUUCCUCUCCUUCUACGUGGGCUCACUGAUCGUCGCCUUUGUGCACUACGUCAGGAUUCAGAGGAAGACGUCAGCUGGGCGAUAUAGUCCUGAGGAUGGAUCCGGGACUGUGGCUACCUCGCAUCCCAUCACGACUGGCACCCCCGAGGGAAGCAGCUACGGAGCUAUCGAUGAGUCAAGCUCCAGUGGCGGCCGGCAGUUAUCGUCCCCGGAGCGUGGGCCCCCACAUGGUUCCGACACAGACAGCUCUGUGGAGGAGGAGAGCGAUUUUGACACCAUGCCCGAAAUUGAAAGUGAUAAGAAUGUCAUCCGCACUAAGAUGUUCCUCUAUCUGUCAGACUUGUCCAGGAAGGAUCGGAGAAUUGUCAGCAAAAAGUACAAAAUUUAUUUCUGGAACAUUACCACAAUCGCUGUGUUCUAUGCACUGCCUGUGAUCCAGCUGGUCAUCACAUACCAAACGGUGGUGAACGUCACUGGUAACCAGGAUAUCUGCUACUAUAACUUUCUCUGUGCUCAUCCUCUGGGGGUCCUGAGCGCUUUCAACAAUGUCCUGAGCAACGUGGGCCACGUGCUGCUGGGCUUCCUCUUCCUGUUGAUCGUGUUUCGCAGAGACAUUCUCCAUCGCCAUUUGCUGGAAGCCAAAGACAUCUACACGCUGGAGUAUGGAAUCCCCAAACACUUUGGUCUUUUCUAUGCCAUGGGCAUUGCUUUGAUGAUGGAAGGGGUUCUCAGUGCUUGUUACCAUGUCUGCCCCAACUACUCUAAUUUCCAGUUUGACACCUCCUUCAUGUACAUGAUUGCAGGACUCUGCAUGCUCAAGCUGUACCAGACCCGCCACCCUGACAUCAACGCCAGUGCUUACUCUGCUUACGCCUCCUUUGCCGUGGUCAUUUGCCUGGCUGUCCUUGGAGUGGUGUUCGGAAAGAAUGAUGUGUGGUUUUGGGUCAUCUUCUCAGUCAUCCACGUCGUGGCCUCACUGGCUCUCAGCACCCAGAUCUACUACAUGGGCCGCUUCAAAAUAGAUGUCCCUGACACAGCAGACUUUGGGAUUUUCCGCCGGGUGGCGAUGGUGCUGUACACGGACUGUAUCCAGCAGUGCAGCCGGCCAAUGUACAUGGACAGAAUGGUGCUGCUUAUUGUUGGAAACCUGGUCAACUGGUCCUUUGCUGUCUUUGGACUGGUGUAUCGGCCAAGGGACUUUGCCUCCUACAUGCUGGGGAUCUUUAUCUGUAACCUACUGCUGUAUCUGGCCUUUUACAUCAUCAUGAAGCUCCGCAGCUCUGAGAAGCUCCUGCCCAUUCCACUGUUCUGCAUUGUGGCCACGGCCGCGGUUUGGGCUGCAGCCCUUUACUUCUUCUUCCAAAACCUCAGCAGCUGGGAGGAGACCCCGGCAGAAUCCCGAGAGAAGAAUCGCCCGUGCAUCCUGCUGGGCUUCUUUGAUGACCAUGACGUCUGGCACUUCCUCUCAGCAGCUGCCUUGUUCUUCUCCUUCUUGGUUCUGUUAACGCUGGAUGACGACUUGGAUUCUGUGCGCAGAGACAAGAUCCCUGUGUUCUGAGCGACAGGAGGUGGGGUGGGGAUGGUGGUCUUCAUUCUGCUCAGGGGAAGGAGCAGAACCGGCAGCCAGCAUUGUCUGGGGAGAAUGAACCUGUUGUUGUACAAACAGCACCGACACCCCAGCCAGGUGGAGAGGGAGGAGCAGGUAGAUCCCACACCAGCAAAUAGGAGGUUGCUGUAAUAAACAAGGCAAGACCUGAAAGGCAGACAGAGCCCUGCCUGUUCCUCCUCCCUGCCACUCAUUGGAUCAGGUGUAGCCAGCCAGCAUCCUGGAGUCCAGUGCAAGGCAGGUGAGCAGUGCUUUGGCUGGUUCCUCUCCCAGUGGCUGCUGGAAGAGGGAGCUGUGGCCAUGUUCAUUAAAGGUAGUGUGUUCCUCCAGGGGUGACUUAAACUGUGUUCACCUUCUCCUGCAACCUCUGCCAACCUGAGAAAAGCCACCCAGCAGUCCUGAGCUGCCCCAGGGAGCAGUCUCUUUCUCUCGCUCACUGCCUGGCACUAACCCCAGCAGUGCAAUGGGGACAUGAGACACAGCGGGCUCCUCAGAUGGUGAAGAGCAUCUGACACUAGCUCUUGACUCCUUUACCUGCCUUUGUGUUGUGUUGCACGUUCUCUCCCAUGAGUAUGGUCGUCCGAGGCGAUGUGGGUCCCAGUCAUGUUUUGUAACUGUUCCCUGCAUUCCACGGGCCACUACUGUCAGCACUGCUGCUCUCCCCAUCUGACCAUGUCCACGGGCCCCUGCAACCAGCACUGGGAAGGUGUUAGCUCUCACCUUGUGCCAGCCUGAGGAGCGCCUGCUGAGGCUACAGGUAGCAAACAAAGACCAGGCUCAAAUCUGUAGCCCCAGCCUUAAACUUGAGCUACUUCAUCCUGCAGCUGGAAGAACCUCAGGCCGGUGAAAAGCAAUGGGCCGAAUGAAUUGUUCCACCUGAAAAAGCAACAGCCCUGGGAGAUGGUGCUCGACCGUGGUGGGCUCCUACUACCCACGUCCUGGCAGCCCCAGAUGCCGAUGUGUUUGCUCCUCCUUGGCCUCCCUCCCUGUGCUUUUCAGUGGAGGAAAAGUUCGUGGUUGGCUCUUGCCUGGAGAUCAGUUCAAUGGUAGCUCCCCUCUUGCAUCUGAAAUGACAUCCCGUGACCCUAACACAGCAACUCUUCAUUAGAGCCCUCCCUUUGCUGUCCACUCCCUGAGUGGGUGUUUAGAAAAGGGAGCUGUGGAAUUACAGCGUAGUGCAGUCAUGCAUCAGGGCACUGUCCUGUGCAUACUAGUGGCGGUUUUGCUAUUGACUUCAGUAGCUUCAGCAGGGUCAGGCCCAUAGCGAAGAAGCUACUUAUGAACCUUGGUCUUUCAGGGCUUCUGAAUUUACAACCAAUCCUUUGCUGUGGACUAAAAGCUAGCAAAGAAGGCUCCCACCGCAGGAGCGAAAUGUCCGUUUAAUAAAAUUCUGAACCAAACGCUGUUUCCCCUCAGCCCUGCUGCAGCCACAAAAUAGAUUUUGGAUUUUUGUUAAUGGCUUCUGCAUUUUCACUGUUGCCAGAAUUGCUACAUCAUUAAAAACCAAGAACAAGGUGUGAAAUGUUGCAGGCGCUGUGGCUGAAUGGUGACCCGCGUUGCUAAUUUUAAAUUUAAAAAUAGUAUUGAUUACUGAGGCCUCCUGUAACUUUUUUAAAAAGUUGCUAUUGGAAUAUUGUUGAAUUGUCAAAAAGCGGCGUGUGUGUGUGUGUGGGUGUUUGAUUCUAUGGUAACUAUUACACAGAGGCCCUGGGCCACUAGCAUUUACUUUGGGGAAAAAGUCUACGGUGAAGCUGUGCUCUGAAAAGUGUCUCGCUCCUAGAAGAUGUCCUAUUGAUUGCUUGAAAUUUGUUAAGACUGCAAAUAAAUGAAUUCCCAGGCCUCUGACUUCAA